GCUCUCUCCCUUCCCCCGCCUCCUCCCUCCCCCUCCGAGGGGGCCCCUCCUCCCUCCGCCCGCCCCGGAGACCCCGUCACCCGCCCUCCCUCCUCCCGCUCCCCUCUUCCCCGUCCCUCCGCCUACGGAGCGGCCGAUCGGCCGGGCGCUCGGCCCCCCCGCCGCCAGUUUCUAUCCCCCAGCGACCAAAGAUUUGACCACUGACAAAGCCUGACUCGUCAGAACACAGCUCAAGAUGGACACCGGUGUUAUUGAAGGUGGUUUAAAUGUCACACUUACCAUUCGACUACUUAUGCAUGGAAAGGAGGUUGGGAGCAUCAUUGGGAAGAAAGGAGAAUCUGUAAAGAAGAUGCGCGAAGAGAGUGGUGCCCGCAUUAACAUCUCAGAAGGGAACUGCCCAGAACGGAUCAUCACUCUUGCUGGACCGACCAAUGCCAUCUUCAAAGCAUUUGCUAUGAUCAUUGACAAACUGGAAGAGGACAUCAGCAGCUCCAUGACCAACAGCACAGCUGCCAGCAGGCCUCCUGUCACCCUGAGGCUUGUGGUACCUGCCAGCCAGUGUGGCUCCCUCAUUGGAAAAGGAGGCUGCAAGAUCAAGGAGAUAAGAGAGAGCACAGGGGCGCAGGUCCAGGUGGCAGGAGACAUGCUGCCCAACUCGACUGAGAGAGCGAUCACCAUUGCUGGGAUACCACAGUCCAUCAUCGAGUGCGUCAAACAGAUCUGUGUGGUCAUGCUGGAGUCUCCCCCGAAGGGUGUUACCAUCCCAUACCGACCCAAGCCAUCCAGCUCUCCGGUCAUCUUUGCAGGCGGUCAGGACAGGUACAGCAGCGGCAGUGCAAGCUACCCCCACACCGCCCCAUCAAUGUGCCUCAACUCUGACCUGGAGGGACCACCUCAAGAGGCCUAUACCAUUCAAGGACAGUAUGCCAUUCCACAGCCAGAUCUGACCAAGCUGCACCAGUUGGCAAUGCAACAGUCACACUUUCCAAUGUCUCAUGGCAACACUGGAUUCAGUGGCAUUGAAUCCAGCUCUCCAGAGGUGAAAGGCUAUUGGGCAGGUUUGGAUGCAUCUGCUCAAACUACUUCUCACGAACUCACCAUUCCAAAUGAUUUGAUUGGCUGCAUCAUCGGGCGUCAAGGCGCCAAAAUCAAUGAGAUCCGCCAGAUGUCUGGGGCGCAGAUCAAAAUUGCCAAUCCAGUGGAAGGAUCUACUGACAGGCAGGUUACCAUAACUGGAUCUGCAGCCAGCAUUAGCCUGGCCCAGUAUCUAAUUAAUGUCAGUUUAGAAAGCGCUAAACCCUCCUCCCAGACAGCCUCCGUCACGAUCCCCGAUCACCUCAGCAUCAACCUCUCUCAACCCUCCACCCCUUCUUCUUCUUCCUCCUCCACCACCACCCCCUCGCUUGCGACAGCAGGGGUCUCCGACGCACCCUCCAGCCUCCCCAACCCUCUUCCGACCGCCCCUUGUGUCUCCAGUCUGCUUGGCAUGAAACCCGUCCCUCUCCUGGCUCUAAAUGUUGUGUCUGCUGCUAAGGGUGCCUCCACCACCUCAGCUAUGCCAUGUGUUACUAACAAACUGAAAACGGAAAAACAGAGAUUCUCUCCUUAUUGAGUGUCUGCUUGUGACCGUAAAGGAACAGCAGAUUGGUGUCAGCCUGGGGAUCCCAUAGAGGAGCCUUGGAAGAAUUUUUUUACUUCAAAAAAAAAAAGUGAGCUUGUGAUUUCUUAGAAUGGAGUUUUUUUUGCUGGUGACCUUCAGUAGGUCGAGAGACAAUUUAACAAGUAUUCUAACAAGUCCUGAAGUCUAGUGAUCUGUUUAAUUCCUUGAUUUUUAUGUAGUCGUAGCUGUUGCUUUUAGUAGCUUGUUUGCAUUGCUACAUGAAGAAAAUGUGAUUAGGAGGGUCUGUUUAAUGAAUAAAAGAUUCUCAAUUAACUGCAUUUUGGUUAAGUUGCUAAAGAGGCUGAUCAGCCAAACCUGUCUCUUUGAUGUCUGUACUUGCAAUAAAGUUGCCACAGAGUAUCUGCUCGGAUAGCUGGUGUGUGCUGAAAUGGAGAGGGGGACCAGGAAUUACACCUCCCCAUGUGAUAGGGACAAAUCAGCUGUGCACCUGACAAUUGUCAGCAUGCCCCUCUAAAUGCCCUGUGCUCCUUGACCUCUGGCCAGACUCUAACCAUGCUCAGAGUUGAGCAAUGAGCUCAAAUGUGAAUCCCUGCCCCUAUGCUAGAUGAACAUGGCCAUGGAGGGAUUCCUAGGCUGCCUUUAGAGGCGGGUGUUGAGAGCCCACACUUCUCCUAAUCAGUACCAUGAGGAAGAUAUGCUAUUCAAGGGCAGGGAGCUAAAACUCCUGGAUCCUCAGUAGCUCUUGUGAGGUCAGCAGGUAAGCACCCCAGCAUAGUUUGAAUUGACAUUGGUCAUUGGAACAAUUUGUUCUAGAGCAGUGGUCUUGAACCACUUAAUUUUCAGACUCCUUCCAUUCAAAAUUUUAGUGUAGACUUCUUUGGGAAUAUUGGACUUUCUGCAGACCCCCAGAUUGAAAACCACUGUUCUAGAGGAAUCCUACCCUAAAUUCCCCCAGCAGCUCUGCUCACACCCUCAUAGAGCACAGAAUGGCUCUGGGAGGCCUGGAGGUUCAAGCCACAGGACUCCUCCCACCCCAGACAGAACAGAAACCAAACACUGUACUAGUGCUAAAACGAAUGGUACAGCUGGAGCCAUUCAAAGUGUUGCUCGGGUAGGGCCAACUCCACCAGUACUGGGUUCUAGAAGUUAGGCAAAACACAGCUGCUUCAUUCCCCGUGCUGUAGCGGGACUACAGAUAGCCUAAAGUAAGUAGUCACUUCUCGGGGCCGGUUACCUGCCUUUCUAGUCAAAUACCAGAUACUACAGUACCACAACCAGCUGUGGGUUAAAGGCCUUGAGACCCUAAAGGCGCCAACUGCCUCUGAUUCAUUGUCCCAGAGUCAUUUCAUACCUGUGUGCACUGGGCGAUCCAGUCUGGAAACAGCUGUUGCAUACCUCUGGUGUCUUUGAAAUAGAGAUCUGACAUGGGACACUCCUUCCCCACAGGUGCAUACCACCUGCCUCCCCUGGAGUUGGAAAUGACCCAUUAGCAUUCCUCCUGCUCUGUAGGCUAUUGGUUAUCCCAGGGCAGAGCAGGACCAAAGUGGCUGUCUUUAUGCUCUUUCUUGAGGGGCUACUAGCUGGUGCUGACCCAGUGGCCCCAUGCCUUGUUACAAUAGUUCAGUGAGUCUUGUUCAGUGAAAAGUACAGAAUUCCUCUCCCCACUGCUGGGCCCAGGACACCUGCUUGUUAGCCUGGGGCUGCCACACUUCAGAGGCUGGCUUUCAGUGGGUUGUCUGGCACUUUUGAAACUAAACCCUGAGACAAGAUGUGAGACUGACCAGUGCUGCUUGGAACUUGCUAGAUUGUCAUGUGACUAAAAAUGGAACUGUUAGCAUAGGACUGGGGGUGGGUGGGUGGGGGAAGGAUUAGGGCACAGUCUGGAGUCCAGUGUGCAGCUGCCUAUGAGACCGGUGGGAUUGGCUCGAUCCCAUUGGUGGGAACAGUUAAUGGGCUCCCUUGAUCUCCAAGCUGGCCUGCUGAGCCCUUAAUUCUUGACUAGUGCGAAUCCUCGGGCGGUUUUCAUUUCUGCAGUAGUUUAACUCAGCUGUAACUUGCACUGUUCUGUGAUGUAGUGUAACCACGUUAAGUAAAGAUUAUCCACUCUUUACCCAG